CAGAAAUCUACCCGCCACAUCCCUUGCCCACCCCUUAUCAAUACAUUCAACCUCAACGCUGAUAGCCCAAUACAAUGCCUCCUUGCUCAGUUGUUCACAUUCUCCCACCCCAGUAUCAAGAUAAUUUUAACCGGGCAAUUUUGGACACGCGCUCCCCUAUCCCCAGCCUAAACCAACAUGCUGCCAUACUUCAAACCGGUACCACUGCUCCAAUUAUAGACCACCUUGAAAACUCUUCCAGUCAAACCCCUCAGCUCGAUGUGCAAGUUCCUGCUCCACCACCUUCCAACUCUCUUACCCAACCACCAUCCAAAAAGAGGAAACAUACCGUCGAAUCCAAUGAGUCAAUGCUACCACAAUCAAUUGAUGUACUCCUCAAGAAGAGCUACAAUGAACUCGUCACUCACGCCCAGGAGAACUCGAAGGGAUCGAUGUCCCAAGCCGACCGUGACUUUUUUCUUGAAUUCUAUGAAGAGCAAAGAAAGCUUUUGGCAAUCAAAGCAAUUGAGCACCAGCUCUCUAUGCCAAUGGUUGACGCCUUCUUGGGAAAGCGGCUCGCCCUCAAGGGGCCUAACUGCUGGAAUCAGUUCCUCAAGACUCCUGAAGCUCGAGCUAUCUUUAAAGAAACUGGUGGUGUCGAUGACCAGUCAGCAAUGAAAAAGGUUUCGGAAUUGUGGCACAAGCUGACCCCGGAGGAGAAAAAAGGAUUUGCCAACAAAAUUGACGAUGGAUUGACGGACGAGGAACGCGCUCUUGAUGAUGACAAUUCAGAGGAGUUGAUUGUCCGUGUUGAGCCUGCUGCCCCAUCCACUUCAGGAAAGGACAGUGUUCCGACUUCCGGACAGCUCAGUGUGAGAACCGAGGGCUCCUUCAGACACGACUACCUUGCUGUGCAAAACUUCGUAAAUGACUUUGUUGCCAAGGCCACUCACAUUUCUGCAACCCACAACUCGCAGUUUGUGGUCUUUGCUGUAUCAACGCACCUUGGCCCAAGCAGUUACCAAAUCUCUCAAUGUACACCCGGUGCCAAUGUCUUCCUCACAUACGCCAAGGAUGUCGAUGCCGAACAUCACUAUGCGGCCCGAUUUCAAUCACACAUCACCGGAUACACUGUUGCCCAGAUUGCGGAGCUAGCUGACAAAACCCCCCAAAAAAAUGUGAAGAAGCCCUCUCAUGAGGUCAAGGUAACAGCUAGGAUGACUGCUUUGAUCAAGGCCAAAACUGAAGGGGUUGUCAAGCGAUGGCCUUGGACUGACACUGUGUCAAGACUGGCGGAGAUUGGCUUUGAGAUAGUCUUGGCACCAUCGGCCCGGAUCAACUUCGACUGGAUCACUCAACCAAGUCGUCAACUCAAAGUGGAGCAUAUCGACUUGCUCCAUUUAGACUUGGACGAUCAACUCAUCGAUAUUUUGCGCAUUCCACGUAACCUCGCUGGUGGGACUCGUCGGGCCCCAAGCCUCGAGGGGGUGGCCCCACAGACAAUGCCACUGGUAGCCUGAGCCAAGCAGGCAAUUGGACCAACAAAGGAGGCGCCAAUGACUAAGUAGCUUCUCCCUGGGGCCUCACAUUUAUCCUCAUCAUGUUUUUCAUCGCUUCCAUCCACUCUCCUGUCCUGUCCUGUCCUUGCUGUUCUUGAUCCAGCUCCUUGAAUAGUGUUAUCUUUUCUGCUUGUUAUCUCAUAUCUUGUCUCUCAGUUCCUUGAUUAUGCUUGCCUGUUUGUUCAAUUGUGACAUUGAAACUUCCUGCUAUUCACACUCGCCUGUGGGAUAAUGCAGUCA